AUUGUGAGAAAAUUUUGCUGAGAUUUUUUUCCAAAUAUUCCAAAAGGGAAAAAAUUAGAUUCCUCUUUCUGGUAGAUAUAAAUCACCUCACUAGUACUAUAACAAUGGUGUGAGAGAUUCUCAUCUUCUUGCUGAAGAUAUUUUCUAUCAUCUAUUUCAUUUAUUUUAUUCUGGGAGGAGAGAAAUGGAGUGUGUUGGGGCUAGGAAUUUCGCUGCAAUGGCGGUCUCAACAUUUCCGUCGUGGAGUUCUCCGAGGAAAUUCCCGGUGGUUAAGAGAUACAGCUUUAGGAAUAUUCGUUUCGGUUUGUGUAGUGUCAGAGCUAGCGGCGGCGGAAGCUCCGGUAGUACUGAGAGUUGCGUGGCGGUGAGAGAGGGUUUCUCUGACGAAGAAGAUUUUGUGAAAGCUGGUGGUUCUGAGAUCUUGUUCGUUCAAAUGCAGCAGAACAAAGACAUGGAUGAACAGUCUAAGCUUGUUGAUAAGUUACCUCCUAUAUCAAUUGGGGAUGGUGCUUUGGACCUAGUGGUUAUUGGUUGUGGUCCUGCUGGUUUAGCCUUGGCUGCGGAAUCAGCUAAGCUAGGACUUAAAGUUGGACUGAUCGGUCCAGAUCUUCCUUUCACUAACAAUUACGGUGUUUGGGAAGAUGAAUUCAAUGAUCUUGGCUUGCAAAAAUGUAUUGAGCAUGUUUGGAGAGACACUAUUGUGUAUCUGGACGAUGACAAUCCCAUUACAAUUGGCCGUGCUUAUGGAAGAGUUAGUCGAUGUUUGCUCCACGAAGAGCUCUUGCGGAGGUGUGUCGAGUCAGGUGUCUCGUACCUUAGCUCGAAAGUUGACAGCAUAACAGAAGCGUCUGAUGGCCUUAGACUUGUUUCCUGUGAAGGCAAUGUCGUCAUUCCAUGCAGGCUUGCCACUGUUGCUUCUGGAGCAGCUUCCGGGAAGCUCUUACAAUACGAAGUUGGGGGACCUAGAGUCUGUGUCCAAACUGCAUACGGCGUGGAGGUUGAGGUGGAAAACAGUCCAUAUGAUCCAGAGCAAAUGGUUUUUAUGGAUUACAGAGAUUAUACAAACGACAAAGCUCGGAGCUUAGAAGCUGAAUAUCCAACGUUUCUGUACGCCAUGCCUAUGACAAAGACAAGAGUAUUCUUUGAGGAGACAUGUUUGGCUUCAAAAGAUGUUAUGCCCUUUGAUUUGUUAAAAAGGAAGCUCAUGUUACGAUUAGAUACACUUGGAAUUCGAGUUCUAAAGACAUACGAAGAGGAAUGGUCCUAUAUCCCUGUUGGUGGUUCCUUGCCAAACACCGAACAAAAGAAUCUCGCCUUUGGUGCCGCGGCUAGCAUGGUACAUCCCGCAACAGGCUAUUCAGUUGUGAGAUCUUUGUCUGAAGCUCCGAAUUAUGCAUCAGUCAUCGCGGAGAUACUAAAACAAGAGUCCACUACUUUCUUAACCAAACAAAUCAACAGUAACAUUUCAAGACAAGCUUGGGAUACUUUAUGGCCACCAGAAAGGAAACGUCAAAGAGCAUUCUUUCUCUUUGGGCUUGCGCUCAUAGUUCAGUUCGAUAUUGAAGGCAUUAGAAGCUUCUUCCGUACUUUCUUCCGCCUCCCAAAAUGGAUGUGGCGAGGGUUUUUAGGAUCAACGUUAACAUCAGGAGAUCUCGUUCUCUUUGCUCUGUACAUGUUCGUCAUAUCACCAAACAAUUUGAGAAAAGGUCUCAUCAAUCAUCUCAUCUCUGAUCCAACCGGAGCAACCAUGAUUCGAACCUAUCUCAGAGUAUGAUUCUCUAAUCAUCUCUUAGGUUUGUUGUGUACAUAUAUGUGGUAUAUCUGAAUAAUCGAUCGAAGAAUGAUAUGUGGAGUACUAGGACGUUGGAAAAACAAACGUGUAUAGAAAAUCUAAGGAGUGAUCCAAAGAAAAAAAAAAUCAGUAAGCGACUGAGAAUUGAGAGAAAAAGACAAUUUGUGAAACGUGUCUUUGAUUGUUUAUGGGAAACUCAAUUUUCUCAUUAAGAGUUUUAGAUUCUAUAAACUUAUGUAUUCUACAAUGCUUACAAGUGAUGUUCAAAAGACAUGUUUCCAUCCA